AUGACAAUAUCAUCUGUCGAUCUUCAGGGUGCGGUUUCUCAACUUGUUUUCGCUUUUCGUUCCGGUUCACGCUAUCAACAGCCAGAUGAGGGAGGCGUUGCCCAUAUGUUACGUAAUUGUAUUGGAAGUGAUUCUGAUAAUUAUUUGGGUCUUCGACUUCUUUGGCAAACUGCGCAGACUGGAGCCAAUUUAUUUUCGAAAUUGUCCAAAGAUUUGCUUUGUGUUCAAAUGAGCAAUCGUACACAAGCACCAAUUGCUCUUUCUGUUCUUGGGGAAAUUGUGCAGCCAGCUAUUAAGCCUUGGGAUAUUUUUGAGGUUCAUAAAGGAUUAGAAAUCGAUUUGGAACAUCAAACGGCCGAGGAUAUUACUUUCGAGAAUUUACAUAGAGCUGCUUUCAGGAAUGGCUCUCUUGCAAAUCAACUUCUCUGUAAAUCCUACGAAAUUGGCUCGGACACAAACGUUGGACAUAAAAGAUUGCAAUCUUAUGUCAUUUCUCGUUGGAAGAGUGCUGAAACAGCUUUGAUUGGCGUUAAUAUUGACCAUUCUCUUUUAUUGGAAUAUGCGGCCGAUCAUCGUGUAGUCCCGGACGGGGCUGGCCAUCCAGCCAAUCCAAGUCCUUUCUUAGGUGGCGAAGUUCGUCAAUUCGGACCUGGAAAGUUGGCUCAUAUUGCAAUAGUGGGUGAGGGAGCCGCCUUUAAAGAUGAAAAAGCUGUUGCAAUUCAAGCUGUUCUUGCACAGUUGAUUGGAAAAACAGGUUCUACUAUAAUAUUUAUUCUAAAAAAUAUUUUAUAA